AGAAUAGAAGGCGAAUAAUCACAUAGUCACAUCAUCCAGGCUAUUCUUCCGGCCGGAACCCCACAACAGCAUUAGGGAGAAACCAGCCGGAAAGAAAGCGCAAAGCCCACCUCCCCGCCGGUAACCAACAGGCGUCGUCAAAAGCUUAUGCCUUCAAUUCCCCAAUUUAAUCCCCUACACCAAUAUCUGUUUUCUUUCUUCUUUUCCAAAAUUUAAAUUUCAGCAAUAAAUAUUUAUCUUCUCCUAAUUAAAUGCCUCACGACUCAUCAAAAAGAUGUCGGAUCCACCCAGUACCCCGUUGAUGCAGCUUCUCGAUCACGACAGCCACGACCGUCACUACCGAAGCUUCGCCGUUCCGAUGGCAUCUCUCCGCUCCUUCGACCAAAGCCGAUCCAGCAACAACAUCCGCCACCGCGGCGCCGGAGGCUCCGAUCUCCCCAAGCCCAAUCGGCGAUCUCUCGAUUACAGGUCCGCCUCCAUGCCGCAACGCCACAUGAAUAAUAUGAAUGACGCCAAUGAUGACGACGAUCUGGCAAUGCCGACCGCCGCCGGCGUGCUCUCCGGGAUACUACACAAGUGGGUGAAUUACGGGAGGGGGUGGCGGCCAAGGUGGUUCGUCCUUCAGGAUGGAGUUUUGUCGUAUUAUAAGAUCCACGGCAAAGGCCAACAUAAUAUCACUCUCAAUCGCCAGGCUCUCAACAAGCUCUCCUCGGCGUCUUCCUUCAACGGCUGCAGCAAAGUCGUCGGCGAGGAGUCCAUGCGGUGGAUCUCCCGCCAGACCAGAUCCAUUUCUGAACCCCGCCGCUUUUGCCAUCCCGUCGGUGAAGUCCAUCUCAAGGUGUCGACAAUCCGGAACAGCCGAUCGGACGACAGGCGGUUUUCGGUGUACACGGGGACGUCGAAGAGGCUACAACUGAGGGCGGAGAGCCCGGAAGAUAGGGAAAUGUGGAUGGAUGCGUUGCAGGCGGUGAAGGACCUGUUUCCAAGGACGACCAUAUCCGAUGAGGCCGCGGGAGCAACGGUGCCGGCGCCGCCAGUGUCCACGGACAGGUUGAGGCAGAGGUUGGCGGAGGAAGGGGUGAAAGAGGAGACGAUAAAGGAGAGUGAGGCUAUCAUGAGAAAUGAGUUCACGGCUCUUAACAAUCACGUCCUCCACCUCAACCAGAAGCAGACAGAGAAAGUAGACUUGGAGAACACUGUGGUUGAUGAAAGCAAAAAUCAGUCGAAGAAACGCGGCAUCAAAACUAACGAAUUAAACAGUACCGGAAGCGAGUCGGACGAGGAAGAAGAGGAGCGCGACCGAAACGACGGCGGGGAGACGGAGGACGAAGAGGAAGAAUUCUUCGACACUCGGGAUUUCCUCUCGUCCACGGGCUCCUUCAGGAAUCACGACGCCGACGAUGCCGACGUGCACGAUCGGACGUCGGAUGAUUCUGAAGACGACGAAAACGAUGACGGCAACGGCGGCGGGAAUCAAGAUCCCGACGGCGGCGAUGGAUCGGUUGGGGGCGCGGGGUCGAUCAAGUAUCCGCACGUGAGGCGGCGGAAGAAGUUGCCGGAGCCGGCGGAGAAGGAAAAAGCGGUCAGCCUGUGGUCAAUGAUCAAGGACAACAUCGGGAAAGAUCUGGGCAAGAUUUGCCUGCCCGUAUAUUUCAACGAGCCGAUCUCUUCUCUCCAGAAGUGCUUCGAGGAUCUCGAGUACUCCUACCUUUUGGAUCGGGCUCAUGAAUGUGGUAAGACGGACGAUAGCUUAAUGAGGAUACUGAAUAUAGCAGCAUUUGCGGUAUCGGGGUAUGCUUCCACUGACGGGAGAGCUUGUAAGCCAUUCAACCCGUUGCUAGGUGAGACGUACGAAGCAGAUUUUCCAGACAAAGGCCUAAGAUUUAUCUCCGAAAAGGUGAGUCAUCAUCCAAUGGUGGUGGCAUGUCACUGCGAGGGCCGCGGGUGGAAAAUGUGGGGAGACAGCAACUUGAAGAGCAAAUUCUGGGGGCGCUCGAUCCAGAUCGACCCCGUCGGCGUCUUGACGUUGGAGUUCGACGACGGAGAAGUUUACCGCUGGAGCAAAGUCACAACGUCCAUCUACAACCUGAUCCUAGGCAAGAUCUACUGCGACCACCACGGCACGAUGAAGAUAGAAGGCAGCGGGAAGUACUCCUGCAAGCUCAAGUUCAAGGAGCAAUCCAUGAUCGACCGGAACCCUCACCAGGUUCAAGGCAUCGUGGAGGAGAAGAGCAGCGGGAAGACGGUGGCGACGCUGCUGGGGAAAUGGAACGACAGCAUGCACUACAUCAUCAAGUCGGAUAACAACAAGAAGAAACCCGACCCGGAGCUGCUGUGGAAGCGGAGCAAGCCCGCCAAAUACCCGACCCGAUACAAUCUGUCCCGCUUCGCCAUCACCCUCAACGAGCUCACGCCGGGCCUCGAGGAGAAGUUGCCGCCGACCGAUUCGAGGCUGAGACCAGACCAGAGAUGCUUGGAGAAGGGGCAAUAUGAUAUGGCCGACGCCGAGAAGUUACGGUUAGAACAAAGGCAACGACAGGCGAGGAAGAUGCAAGAAAGCGGUUGGAAGCCGAUGUGGUUUGCGAAGGAGAAAGUAGAGAAUGGGAAUAGUAACAGCGGCGGCGGCGGCGGGUACCGGUACAAUGGUGGUUAUUGGGAGGCUAGGGAGAAUGCCAGCUGGGAUUCAUGUCCCACUAUUUUUGGCUAAAUUACCUUUAUACGUACCUAAUUGCAAGCUAAUUAACCAUGUAACUAGUUUUUGGAGAUUUUUUUUUUUUUUUUUUUUUUUGGAAGUGACCGUCAUUAGCCAUUAUUCAUAGACAUUAACGGUCUUCUUCUUCUUCUGCUGUUAUUUAGGGUUCUUUUCCUUCCCUUUCGUUUUUGUCCUGCUUCUCAAUAGUAGUGAUUGCGGAGAAAACGGCGACAAGGGAAAAGGUAAACUAUUUUUUUUUUUUGUGUCUGAGAGUUGUAAUUAUAUGUGCAUGCGGCAAAUUAAGUCCAGAAUCAUCCUCUAUGUUAUCUGCAAUACUUGAUAUCAGAAAGAAAAGGCUGUAUAAGGUCAGACACUA